AUGCCACGUUUUAAGAUCGGCGACCUGUCCAAAGAGAGAAAGCGACUGAAGGAGAAAGUUGUCAUGGAAAACCGCAGUUUAGAUGCACUUCAUGAUGAACUUUCUAAGUUGACAACUGAGAAGGAAAAGAAGAGAAAAGAGCUUUGUAAUAUGAAAGCGAAACACAGAAGGCUGGACCUCAAGGUUGGUUGUUUUAAUGUCAACGCAUGUAAAUUUAACCCGAUGAUUUGCUUAAUUGCUUUGGGAAUUUCUGCAUGUUCGUUUAUAAAAAACUCCAGAAAAUAGCUUCUAUUCAACCAGGCCAGAUUUCAUAAAAUAUCUCGAUGUUUAUAACAAGCUGUUGGGAAGAUUGCUUUGUGGUAUUUUGUUAACCUGGGGCUAAGGUCACCAGCUUUUGAACAGCAGGCCCCAGAUUAACCCAUUGAGUCAUAUUGCUUCCAAUGCGCCCUACUUUAUCAUUUUACUCUGUCUAACGCCAGAUGAUUUUACUCGUCAAGGGGAGAGUGCUGGCGUUUAAACAAUAAAGUUGAUAUUAAUUUUUUUCUGUGUUGGUGUUGUGUACUCAGGUGAAUAAUAUGUUUGCGAUGUUACUCUGAGUGCAUAUCCACACCGGGCGAGCUUGGGCUAGUAUUCCAAAGGUCGUAGGUUCGAAUCCCACCGUGGCCGGGCAUAUUUUUCAAGCUCGCCCGGUGUGGAUAUGCACUCAGAGUAACAUCGCAAACAUAUUAUUCACCUGAGUACACAACACCAACACAGAAAAAAAAUCAUAUUACUAGAACACUAGAUACUGUUCCGAAAUAUCGCUUACUCGAACCGUCCUGACCGCGUAGCUCAGUUGGAAGAGUAUUGGGCUAGUAUUCCAAAGGUCGUAGGUUCGAAUAUUUUUCAAGCUUGCCCGGUGUGGAUAUGCACUCACAGUGACAUCGCAAACAUAAUAAAGUUGAUAUUUUGAAUAAUUAUGUUAAUUGUUACUUAUGCUUUCUUCCUGCCUUGCUUUUUGUAUAUAAGAUCGACAAGAUAGUUAAAGAAGUUGAGGACUUACAAGACAUAGAAAAAGAGCUAGUUCAGCCUCAGACAUCAGGUAGUUCCAGAAACUCGGUGUAGUAUGCAGUGUAGUGUUCAGGGUAGUGUUCAUGCAGGGUCUACGAUUUGCAGUAUCCUAAACUGCACGAGAUACUAAAAUAUGGCUUUGGGUGCCAAACUGGGAAUUACCUGUAUCUGGAUACUUCAAAAUUUCAGAUAUUAGGACUGUUAUGUCCCUUACAGCCACCAGUCAGCUUGUGAAUGCAACAAGUUUUCUGGUUUGACAAAAAAUAUUGUAGUUUAUUAAAAGAUCAUUUGCAUUUUAAUGUAUUAUUGAUGCCAUUUACUGACUUCAAAAUUCAUUUCAGCCAAUAACUUUAGAAAAUACAUUUCAAACUGCACUCUGAAUAUAAAAGCAUCUUGUGUGCUUGUGUGAUUUCAGUUAUUAUUUAGAUGGGUCAGUAAAUACCGCUUAUGGUAACCUGUAUCAAGUGGGAUUCUGGAAUCUCGGGGAUUCCAAAACUGUGAACCCUGGUAUCCCAGUUGCAUACUGAGAAAAAAUUUCAAUUUCAGACCUGGAUGAUAGUGUAGAGAAAAGAAAGUGGAGGACUCCUACAUUUCUAGUCAAUGGAAAGAAUGGAUUAAGUCCUUCGUUAGCCAGGCAGAGAAGAAAACGAACAUUUGAAGCAGCCAGGAUUAUUCAUGGUGGAAAGGACAAAUUAUCGGUUCCAACAUCGAUAGGUUUGCUAGACACAGCAAUGGUAAAGAGUUCUAAAGAUAUUUUAGUUGAUGUCAUGUCUUCUAGCAAAAAGUUCAAGCGCUCAGUCAUGCCCAGAGUGUAUAAGAAAUUGUUAAAUUCUUAUGAGUCGUCGGAAGAGAAUUUAAUUAGGAGCAUAGCUGUGUAUUAUAGUGGCGGUAUAGUGGGGAAAAAGAAGUACCGUAAAAUAUAUAAAGAUAGUUGCUAUCGAUUAAAGGGCAAGGGAGGAAAAUCUGUUCGGUUAAGCAUAAUCAAUAAUUGCCCUUUACCUAGGCUUGUACCCUAUAAUCGCUUAAUGCCCUACAUCAAAUCAAUUCCUUUGGGAACUAUUUAUAGCACUUAUGACACAUUGUGUGAUGGGUUGGAUGAUGAUGAUAAGGUUCGUGGGUGCUAUCGCAGGCUGAACGAGAUAUGUUAGUGAAGUUAGCUGAGUUUUAUCUCUCCGGAUGUAGUGGGCAUUCGAUAACAUGGUUUACAGAACCAUACACAUUUUUUGUUUCCUUGGGAGGUGAUGGUGCCCCCUUUGGAAAGUACGACACAGCCUGUGCAUGGCUUGUGGGCUUUCUGAAUAUUGGUAGGGGGAUAUUGAGUGGUAAUGAAAACUACUUGCUCUUUAGAGCAAACUGCAGUGAGAAUUGCAUUGUUGUCCAAAGGUUCAUUAAAAUUCUUUUGGCUGACAUUUGUCAGAUUGAAAAAAAUGUUAGUAUCACCUGUUGUCAUAAUGGCAAGCAAGUCAGUGUUAAAUUUUGCAUUGGUGAACUCCCCAAUGACAUGAAAAUGUUAUCAUUUUUAGGGGGAGAACUCAGCAAUAGUGCAAAAUUUUUCUCAUCCUUUGCAAAUGUGUCCAAUGACAAUGCUAAUGAUGUUUGUGGGACGGGAAGAACAAAUGGAAGCCUUGGAAGUACUCAGAGAGAUUGAAAGUUGUUAA